UUACGAUCAGCUAAAUUGCGGCAUAGGUCAAAACAUGACAUCUCUUUUCUUCCACGUAAAGAAACGACCCCGUGUGGCUGUAUUAAACCCAGUGCUCCCAUCUGUCCAAUGAGGCUGGAGUGCCCUCCACGAGCGCGCCAUCGGCGCGCGCUCCCAGUCCCGAGUUGCUUGGAAACGAAGUCCGCUGCAAGACAACGUCGUAACUUAAGACGAUGCAUUUAGAUCCGUAACAGCGCUCAUGUAGCUCGUCGGCAAUGAAAGCAUGUCACUUUGUGCAUUAGGUGUAAUGCUCUGAUGCUGGCUUUUUAAAAAUGCUGCAAUAUUCCAUGCACUUGGGGUAAAUUGGGAUACUUAAGUACGGACAAUGGUCCAGUUUUAUAUACACUGCUGAACGACUAGUGUACGGCCAUCUGAAAUCGGACCCAAUAUGUCAAAUCGUCAAAAGAAAUUCAUAUUUUGCGUAGGUGGAGUACUGAGUUUUGCUUGCGUCCUAGUGGUGGCGGCUGCAAUGGGUACUCAGUUCUGGUUGAAAGGGACCGUCCUGUGCAAGACCGGCGCCCAGCUGGUGAACGCGACCGGACCCGAACUGGAGAAGUUCAUGGGGCGGAUCAGCUACGGUCUAUUCCACGGACAGAGGCUGAAGCAAUGCGGGCUGGGAGGGAGACCCCUGCGCUUUUCCUUUUUUCCAGAUCUCAUAGGUGCCAUCCCCAUUGUCCUUCACGGCAGUGUACUGUUCUUCUGCGCUGUGCUCAUAGUCUUCUCAUCGGUGGCUUCAGCAUUCUUCCUGUUCAAUGCCUUCAGCAGACCCUAUGAGACCCUGCAUGGACCUCUGGGCUUGUACCUGUGGAACUUCAUAUCUUACCCAGAAUGCCGUGGAACAGGUAUCUGCAGCAGCCUGGUCAUGAUACUUUUCGCCUCGGAGGUGAGACUCCAUCGCUUGUCAGAGAAGAUCGCCAACUACAGCGAAAGCAGCUUCGUCUAUAAGACACACAGUGAGCAGUUCGAUUACUCUUACUGGCUCAUCCUCUUCACCUUCCUCACCCACCUGCUCAACAUCCUUCUCAUCCGCCUCGCCGGAAUACAGUUCCCCUUCCAGGAAGCUAAACAGCCAGAUGUGAGCAGUGGAGCCUCAGAUCUUAUGUACUGAGCAUGCUCCGUGACGUUCAUGCCCUGAUUUCAUAUCAUGUGACUGUGUUUGGUACUAAAAGAGCAUUACCUUUACCUUUGAAACGAAUAUAGUCCUUUGUUAGAGAAACUGUGCCGAUUUAAACCACCAACCUUCGAAUAAAACAACCAUUAACCACUUGGUAGCAAUUUAUGAUGCUGACAUUACAAUGGCACCUUAACUGUUGGAGGAACGAUAUUAGUAAAAAUCUAUGGGCGUCCGACAGCUGCUUCCAUAUAACUUUACCUGAUGAGCAAUUAACACUAUAACAUGAGAGCAGCAACUGCACAGAAAAGUCCAAACCACUCUGACUGUUUUAUAUGGGUCGUGUCUUUCUGUUUAGCGUUCCUAAUGCACACCUGUUAAAGCAGUAAUUAGCACUGCUGAUCUUACCAAUUAUCGCAUUUUUAUCGUCCAUUAUUGUGACUGAUAGUGACAGAUGACGUUUUGAUAUUGCGUGGAUGGUAGAUUUUAACAGGAAAACAGGAAUGUGUCAUGGAAACUUACUAACUGAAUCUGCCUGCUUAGAAGUGUUCAUUUAAUGUGCCAAGUGUUAACUGGUGAAGAGAGUAGAACCGACCAGUUUCUUUACAUUUUCAGUAAAUAUAUUCCGUUUUAAAAGCAAUUUAAGUUGUUAAGGACCUUUACAGACCAAGUAGCAAAUCAGUGAUAACCACAAUUAAGGUAGCAGCCUCCGGGGUAUUACAGACAAAUGGUGUAAGAUAACCUGGAUAUAGGUUACCCAUAUGUUUACCCAACAUCUGUCCUGAAGACUGCCGCUGUACUUUACUGAUGUGCUUUCAUGAUCUGGGAGGCCUUCAACCCUGUCCAAGGUCAGUGGUAGGCAGAUGGAAGAAUGGAUCGUUAAAUAAAGAGGUAUCUGUGAUUGUUGUUAUGCGAUAACUAACUCCGCUUGCAUGGAAUUUCAUUAACCCGGUCAGAAAGCCACAAUAUUUAUUUCAGCAAUAAACAGUUCAAUGGU